UUUUGUGUCAGUUACCAAGCACCUGUCAAGGGCUUCAGUGCUCCUUGGCACUCGUCCAGCCAUGCAGACCGCCCCGCGCCGGUGUCACCCCAGGUCCAGUUUACACGUCGUGCAAAACUUUUGAGGAAGUAAGAUCAGGUGCUGGCGAGGUGAAAUCUCGGACCUAACUUACCUGACUUAGCGCUCUCAGCACGUCAAGACACGAUGAGUCUCACCACCCUUGUACUUCUUCUAUUGUGCCUUCUUCCUUCGUCUAUGGCCGCGCGGUGUUCGGUACAGCGAUCCCGUAGGGUGACCACUCAGGAGUCCUACGAAGUUAGAACCAGUCAAAAAUACUAUACUAGCUGUGGCUUUUGGGGAUUAAGCCGUUGUUCACGUCACAGGGAUGUUUCCCGAACAGGCUACCGACCCCGAUACAACACUAUCUACUACACAGAUUAUGAAUGUUGUCCAGGCUGGACUGGGUCCAACUGUAACACAGCUGUAUGCAGCAGCGGCUGUUACAACGGUGCAUGUACAGCCCCAGGUGUAUGCUCCUGUAACACGGGAUGGCGGGGGCAUACCUGCAGCACAGAUACAAACGAGUGUUCGAGGGGCAAUGGCGGCUGCAGUCACUACUGUGUGAACACACACGGAAGCUACCGCUGCACUUGUCGUACGGGAUACCAUCUGUCAGGAAGGCACUCAUGCUAUGAUAUAAACGAAUGUAACAGUGGCAACGGGGGCUGUGAUCAUCAGUGCCAUGAUACGUCAGGAUCUUUCUACUGCACAUGCAACACCGGGUAUUCCCUGUAUGGGGCCACAAGAUGUAUCGACGUGGAUGAGUGCUUGGUGGAUACAGACGGGUGCUCCCACAUCUGUGACAACACGGCAGGCAGUUACACGUGCCACUGCCGUCCCGGGUACGCCCUACAGGCGGACAGACACUCCUGCGGGGACGUGGACGAAUGUUCCGCCAACAAUGGAGGCUGUGAGCACACCUGUAGUAACAGCGCGGGGAGCUACAGGUGUGACUGCGACAUCGGAUUCCGACUGAACUCAAACGACCAUUCCUGCGACGAUAUCGACGAAUGCGCGGAAAACAUCAAUGGCUGUGACCAUAUCUGUACCAACACCCGGGGCAGCUACGUCUGCACCUGCCGACCGGGAUACUCGUUAAUGUCUGACGGACGCUUGUGUCAAGGUAUCGAAUCGGAUGCAAAUUACAUUCAAUUUGCCUUGUUAGACGUUUUGGUUGACAAUAUAAUUUUCAUAUCCUUUUUGAAAAACAUAUACGGAACCUUUUUCGGCAUAUGUAAACCUUACGGCUUACAUCUCUUCACAGACAUAAACGAAUGCGAACCUGGCGGGUUUCAUGCAUGUGCCCAUAACUGCCACAACGAGGUGGGAAGUUACACCUGUUCCUGCCAUGUGGGCUAUAGACUGGCGACAGACGACCGAGGAUGUGACGAUAUUGACGAGUGUGAUGAGCAGUCAUCAGGAUGUGAGCACACCUGUUACAACUCUGUCGGCAGUUACCACUGUGGCUGUCAUGUCGGGUGGCACCUCGCAUGGGACCAGCACACAUGUCUAGGCAAUCCAUGUGUAGACAUCGGGAUUCCACGGAAUGGAGAACGAACCUGCACGGGUUUUGUCACAAACGAGACGUGUCUGUUCGAGUGUCACCCCGGGUACCACAUGACCGGGUCGGCCGAACGACGCUGCCUGCCUUCGGCACAAUGGACGGGGGAGCAGCCGCAAUGCCCGCCUAAGUUGUGCGAAAGGCUACAACCUCCAGAGAACGGGUACAUCAGAAUGCCGUGCCGGAAGGAGUACACGUCGCGAUGCAUCAUGGGAUGCAACAAUGGGUUCUACCAGUCCCAUGGAGAUGGCGAUAACAAAAACUGCGUGUUACAAGGUAGCGAGGUGGGGUGGAGUGACAAUGCCUUCAAUUGUUCACGAAUCACAGCCUGUGAACCAAACCCGUGUCUCCAUGAAGGACGAUGCACCCCGAUAGACUCCGUUCAAUAUUCCUGUGAUUGUACAGACACUGGGUACAAGGGUGACAGAUGUCAAACCGGAUUCAUAACAUUUCCAAAAGAGGGGUACCCAAUUCUGUUAACGCACGUAUGGUCUCAAGAGUUUGUGAUUCGUGCUAAACCAACCAAAGAACUGAUCUUGUCUCUACGUGGACAUGGUUUGGAGUUCGAGCCAGCGACAGUAGUCUUCUCGUAUCCAGAUUCUACAGCAGAAUUUAGGGUAAAGGGGAGGGUGCCCGGCUUUAUACCGAUACAGUACAGCAUUUCAGGUCAAAGUGCAGCAGAAUUUGAGGUACCAGACAUCGACAUUUUACCAGUGAACAAUCGCGAGCACCCUUUCAGAUCCCGACUGUCUCAUCAAUACGCAACCGGUGACGACAUCCCUCUUGUUGCAGGUUGUAACGAGUUAGAGCUGGUAAAUGCCCCAUGUCAAAACGUCAGCUUACUAUCCACAUCCCCUUGGCAUGAGGACCGCUUUGACGUCUUUCAUAGGUUUUCCACUGGCCUUAUACAUGUAAAAACAAAUGGCAUCACCCUGCCGUUUUCACUGACUGGCACUAUGAUUCAAACGGUUCCAACAAUAACGUCAUUGCCUCUGGAAAAACAUUUAUUCACAUACGUAGACAACCAUUCAAUGGAUGAGGAUUCUGGCACCUGCCGUGAGUUCCCUCCCGUACUUCUAAAAAGACUGUCAGAAACGUCCGCGUUCUUCAACUCAUACGUACGGUCCGUAAACAGUCUCCUUCCAGGUUGGUUUCACCUUGUGUCCAGUUCAGAGCCACAGCAGUGGCUGAUCAGUAGCGUUUCUGAUUUAGUGUCUGCCAAUUCCAUUGCAAUAAUGUCUUGUGGGACCCUCCCCUUUUCACAUGGCAGUCUUGUACAUGUAUUACGUAGCCCUUCUAAUGUCAUAUUCAAUGUCCUUGGAGAGCACAAGACGACAUAUGCUGUUGACGGCAACAUUUGUCUCGCUGUCGAUGCAUGCUAUAAUUCAUUUGCAGUCACAUUCCCACUGUCCAGUGGAUAUGGCAUCAUCCAAACGCUUUCUAGAAAACUUGGUCUGUCUAAAUGGGAAUUUUUCCUUAGAGGGUUUGGCAUGUCACCCCCUUUUAGUCUGUACAAUCCGGAAUUUGACGUGGUAUUCUGGGAUGACCAUGGAACCUCUCGACAGAGGUCUGCAUCAGGGGACAUCUGGCUAGAUUCCAGUUUUCAGUUUACUGUGACAUCAGAGAACAAGGCAGCAACACUAAACGUACACGUCGACGGCAAUCUGUUCAUUCGGUCAGCAGGAAUAGAACAGAUCUUUAGUCAUUUCCUGUCAAAAGGGUUCCUGGCUACAGGAAAACCACACAUUACAAUGAAUCUUGGAAUAGACUACAAGGAAACGACAACGAAUUUCACCUUCCCGAAUGAAGAAACAUCGCUCUACAUUUCUCAAGAAGGUACGUAAGACUUGUGCACUGCAUUUACUGGUAGGGCGUGACCAGCAUGCAAACACUUCUCCCGAAACAUUGUAUGCUGAGACACUUGAUACCACAAAUAUUUACUUUAGAAAGACAGACACGCGCUAGAGAAUUGUCAAAGCACGAAACCACGGAGCCACUAAUGUUG